AUGGCUUCUCCUCAGUCGGAGCCAGUGUCACCUCGUAUGCCACAGAGCAACCAACAAGUCCAAGCGGGGAUCAAGCUACCUAAGUUGCAGUUGAUGACCUUCGCCGGUGAGCUCACAGAAUGGCGACCGUUUUGGGAGCAGUUCAAGACGGCAGUACAUGAAAACCAGCAGCUGAAUAAGACAGAGAAGUUCCAGUACCUAAACGCGUCGUUGAAAGGACGGGCAGCUGCUUCCCUUCGUGGACUGCAAUCAACAGAGUCCUUCUACGACGACGCGAUUGAGAUACUAUUGCAGCGUUUCGGAGACACCUCUCUUAUACAUCGUGAGUAUCUCGCGAGGCUACGGGAUUUACCAGCUGUGAAAUCACAGAGAGACGUACAUGGACUACAGUCUUUGUAUGACCAUCUACAAGCCAACAUGCGAUGUCUCAAGGCGCUGGGAGUGUCAACAAGUAGUUACUCGUCGAUGAUCGCCGACAUCCCUUUCUCAGCCUACCGUUUCAGAGAUGGUGGUUGA